GGAUGAAACGCUACGAUAGCGGAGAGGUCUAGUGCUGUGAUACGGCGCCGUAUAUAUUCCCAGCUAGGACUAUCUUGCUCCUUAAAGACGUUCUCCGCAUAUGUUAGAAUUUCACACCGUGAUGUCGCGAUUUAGUGAGGGGACCCUGUGAAGAACGAGACACAAGUCGGCUUUUUAAUUAUUUGGUUAAUUAUUUUAUUUCUUCUGUUAUUUUUUCCCUUUUGUUUCCCUGAGAGCAUUUAUGCCUUUUCUUUUCCAAUAAACAUUUCAUUUGAACUGUUUUAAUGCAUUGAUUAUUUUAUAGCUAAUCGCAAGUUUCAGAUACGAACGGGAUUCGUUUUUCAGUAGUCUACUGAACUAAGCUGUCUUGGUUUAUUGCUUUUUUUUUUUUUUUGCUUUUUUUUUUUAAGAGGCAUAUUUCGCAGUGGACAUCCGUAACUUUGCCUUUAUAGAGACGACGGCAUCUUCAAACUAGCAUGGCAGUCAGGCUGUGUGAUGUGGCAUCUCUGCUUAGAAGUGGCUCGUGGGCGGCAGAACCUUGGACUGGGCAGGUAAUCGCUGCCAUGGAAACACAGCUGUCCAAUGGGCCGACCUGUAACAACACGAGCAACGGUCCUGCCCCCAUCUCCAACAACUGCUCCUCACCUGUGGAGUCCCCUGGUAUGGAGGACAGUAAGACGAACCUCAUAGUGAACUACCUUCCCCAGAACAUGACCCAGGAGGAGCUCAAGAGUCUGUUUGGGAGUAUCGGCGAGAUCGAGUCCUGCAAAUUAGUACGAGACAAAAUCACAGGCCAGAGUCUGGGUUAUGGGUUUGUGAACUACGUGGACCCUAAAGAUGCAGAAAAGGCCAUCAACACUCUAAAUGGACUGAGACUGCAGACCAAAACAAUCAAGGUGUCGUACGCCCGCCCAAGCUCAGCCUCCAUUAGGGACGCCAACCUGUACGUCAGCGGCCUGCCCAAAACCAUGACCCAGAAGGAGCUGGAGCAGCUCUUCUCGCAGUACGGCCGCAUCAUCACCUCGCGCAUCCUCGUGGACCAGGUCACAGGUGUGUCUCGUGGCGUGGGCUUCAUCCGCUUCGACCGGCGGGUGGAGGCCGAGGAGGCCAUCAAGGGUCUGAACGGGCAGAAGCCACCCGGCGCCACAGAGCCAAUCACGGUGAAGUUCGCCAACAACCCCAGCCAGAAGACCAGCCAGGCUCUCUUGUCCCAGCUGUACCAGUCACCCAACAGGCGGUACCCAGGGCCCCUGACCCAGCAGGCUCAGCGGUUCAGGUUGGACAACCUGUUGAACAUGGCUUAUGGAGUGAAAAGUAGGUUUUCUCCCAUGGCCAUUGAUGGGGUCACCAGCUUGGCGGGCAUCAACAUUCCCGGGCACGCGGGCACGGGCUGGUGCAUAUUCGUGUACAACCUGGCGCCUGACGCCGAUGAGAGCAUCCUGUGGCAGAUGUUCGGCCCAUUCGGCGCCGUGACGAAUGUGAAGGUGAUCCGCGACUUCAGCACCAACAAGUGCAAGGGCUUCGGCUUCGUCACCAUGACCAACUACGACGAGGCUGCCAUGGCAAUCGCCAGCCUCAACGGCUAUCGCCUCGGUGACCGCGUCCUGCAGGUCUCGUUCAAAACUAACAAAACGCACAAAGCCUGAGCAUCCGUGGCAGACUCCUGAUCACGCCGAGUGUCCGGAAAACUCUGCCAGAGAGAGGGAGUGGAUCGGGUCA